UUUAAUAUUAGCCAACCCCUUAGCGCCGUAACCAGAAACUGAAUUGAAAUGAAAACAGAAACGGUCGGAACGACUCAGAUGGAUUUUUUUAACAACUUUGACCAAAAUAUCCUAAGUGAUUUCCCUAUCGAAAUUGUUUUUCACUAACGCGUUCCGUACUAGUCAUACUUUCUUUGUUCGUCCAUUGUAUCGUAAGCUUCCAUUGGGAUUCUAGAAGAUACUCUUAGGAAUUAAAAUUUUAUAUCUAUUGUCACCAAUCGACUCCAUGCUUGUGGCAAAGAACACGCAAUUCUGUCGUGAAACCCACGCGUCAUAAUAGAGCCAGGUGAACCACAGCUGAAUAUUUUCAAACCACUUUCAAUAUUUUCCCAGCGUAUAAUGCUAGCUUGAAUUUUCAUUGCAAGUUUUUCUCGUAAAAAGGUUUGCCGGAAGUUUGUCUUCUCUGUAGGGGGAAUAAGCCAUUAGUUGCACUCUCUAGAACGCCAUAACAACGGAAUGAGUCACGUCUAUUUCCGUUUCAAAGAAAUUGAAAAUUCGUCUUUGCUUAAAGGAAAUAGACGUAAUCUUCUGACAAUAUCAAUACUUGCUUACAUAUUUGCUUAUGUCAGGUGAAUAAUCUGUUAAUACGGUAAUACUCCCCCACUUUUUCUAAUACUGUUUACGUUCAGGAAAUUUUACAUUGAUUUCCAUGUGUUGGGGCGCGUGCGCUUGUCACGGGAACAAAAAAGCUUUGAGUGAAUACGUCAAAAAAUAUACGCCUUUUUCCUGAAGUUAAAUAUUCUAAGUUUGUUAAUAUAAGAAACGGAGAUACGUAAACGACAAACCACUUUUUAGAGAGACACUCAACACCAAAAUAGGAAUUAUAUUGCCUCGCGAAUUUGAAUAAUGCUGAGGUCAUUGUCGGAUGUGAUAAGGAGAGGUUGUUUGUAAACGGCGCUUCGUCACUGUUCUAAUCAGCUGAAUCAAAUUGAGCUGUUUUGCAUCACAAAGGAUACGAAACUAAUCGUGACAAUAAGGGCAUAAUUAAAACAUAGAAAGACAGAUAAGUUGGAAGGAGAAGAUAUUCACAAACGACUUGUUCAAGGCUAAAAAAACAUCAAGAGAUCAGUCUUGCGUUACAAUAUCACUGAAUUAACAGAAACUCGAUUUAAUCGGUCAUCGUUCAACAAUUGAACUGUGCUUGUUACUUGGAGAGGGUAGAAUUUCACGAGGUCAAGAUCAUACUAUGCCAUCCACAGAGCCUGAAACAGUGACGAGAGCAAAAGCUGGAGCGGAACCUUGGCCAGAGAUGUCUGCUCCUCCAAACCCUGAACCUCUUCCCGACUGGGAUCUUGCGCUGAGAGAUUGGAAAUAUCUUUGGGAACUUCACUACAUCGGUUUUGGAGUCCUGUUCUUCGGCGUGGCAGUGUUCUCUUGUAUUUGUGUCGUGAAAAUCAAACACAGAGCUAGAGGCAUGACGUUGGCGAAUUACUUUCUUGCUGUCUGUCUGAUGUUAAUGACGUUUAGUGUCUCAAGAACACUGUACCUGUUCCUCGAUCCUUACGAAUCGCACACAGUCUUGGAUCUUCCAGUGUUGUUGAGCAGAAUCAUCUUUGCCAUUGGAUAUCCUUGCUUAACAUCAGCCUUAUCACUGAUUCACUUCGCCUUCCUCGAAGUAAACAAACUUCGACUGAUCUCACGGCGUCUUCAAAAUGUCAAGUUUCUGGUGUCGGUGAUAGCGUCGCAUUUUGUGAUCGUGUUAGUUGUGUAUUUGGUCAUAACACUGGCACCGAAGCUCGCUCGUUUGCUUAUUUUAUGCCAAACGGUGUUAAUUUCCUGGUGGUUCAUUCUGGCAGCGUGCUUCUUGUACAGUGGUUGGAAAGUAAACUGGGAAUCGCAAAUCACAGCCAAGUUCUUCAGCUCUACAGUGGUGAAGGAUCGAACCGCUUCAACGCUUUCUUCUGCCUCGCUCGACCCGCAGAGCUACAGUGUCACGGUCGAGCAGGCAAAAACUUUGAGCGGUGAUCAAAACAAACCUUCGAAAGGAGCGCAAAAAAUUGCUCGAAUUUCUGGCUUUGUCUCGCUUCUUGCAUUGCUAAACUUCGGAGCAGAACUUUAUUCACUGUUCUCGUUGUACAAACUGUAUGAUUUCGAAGGAGAGAAUGUUGUGGAUCACUGGCCAUGGUGGGGUUAUCAGACAGCGAGUCGAAUUUUAGAUUUUUUUCUCUGUUUGGUAAUAGCCUACGUUAUUUUCCCUUCCACUCAAAUUGAGAAAACGCAAAAACAUUCCACCUCUUACGGAGUGGACAGUCAUACGAUGCGUGUGAACAAGAACGUGGCAAAAACGGCUGACGGAAUAGACGCAGUAUGAUGUGCAAAAAUUUAAAGGAAACAAGAGAGGAACGAUUCGCUCGCGUGAUUGCAACCACGACUCGAAUGUCGGAAAACAUCAAAACUUCGCAAAGAAGAUUUCAUUCAAAAGAAGAUCCGUUGAUUAAGUGUACGUGCAAAAAAUGGAACAAAACAGAGAUUAACAGUGGUUCACGUCACCAGAAACAUGACCCGGAAAUCGGAGAACACAAGAAAUACGUGAGAUACACCGGUUGUGUAUCUGUUUGCAAAACUUAACGGUGCACAAUCAUACAGAAGAACCCUAAUAACAGCGAACUCUACAAAAUGAAAGCGUUUCGCCGAAUCAAGAAGUUAAAAGUUACGUGUUUUUAACAGUUAUUCAAGAUAGGUUUUCCUCUUGCGUAAUGAGUUCUUCAAACAUGUUACAAAGUUGACUGAUGAAUACGUCAACGAAACAAAACAUUUUAAGUUUUACCUUUUAAGAGAAAGCUAUCAUUUUUCAAGGGUUACAAUUGUCACGAAAGAUCCAAGCACUUCGCGGCUUGCUUUGCAAGUUCAAUGUUGAUGUAAAAGUCUUGUAGAUUAACAUGCAUGUUAAUUAAUUGUAAGUUCUCUAAGUCACUCCUAAAUACAGCAAAAGAGCUCGGUUCAGUUUUAAAAAACAGUGGAUUGAAAGAAGAGAAAAACUGCAAAACUUUCCACAGGUAAAAUGGAGAUAAGUAAAAAUUCAUGUAAGGAUUGUGAAGUUACUACACAAAUUCAAUAAAUUCUUCACGUUUUAUUUCUCAAACAAUUUCUGAAUGCUAUGCAUAAUUUCUGUCAUUAACCUCGUCAUUAAGUUAAUAAAUAAGCCAGCAAUUUGGCAAAUGCUGGAAAAUAGUAUCUUUGCUGGUAAUAAAGGGGAAUUUAGCGCAAAAAUAA